AUGAACGCCGUCGACGCAACCGAGCACUACGAAACCAGUGCCCACGACCGCGCCCCCUCCCUCCUAACCGUCAUCCUCGACACAAACCCGCAUGCCUGGGCGGUCCUCGAACCCUCCCUCCCGCUCUCCACCGCAAUCGCCAACAUCCUCGUCUUCCUCAACGCCCACCUCGCCUGUAACUACGCCAACGAAGUCGCCGUCGUCGCCUCGCACAGCCAAACCGCCACCUGGCUGUACCCGCGCGAGACCCGCCAUGAUACUACUAUCGCUUCGGGCACAGACCGCGACGGCGACAUCGCCAUGAACGGCAGCGCGCCGGCCAGCCAGGUGAACAAGUACCGGCCGUUCCGGAUCGUGGAGGAGCAGGUGACGCAGCAUCUGCGCGAGCUGAUGGAGGCGACGAGCGGGGCGGACGUGCAGGCCACGACGUCGACGAUGAUGGCGGGCGCGCUGACGCUCGCGCUGAGCCAUAUCAACCGGCGGAGUCUGGCGUGGUCGGAGGCGCACGGCGCGGACACGGCCGGGGAUGGCGCGGGCGCGUCUGCUGGCGGUGGUGGCGGCGGGGGAAGCGGCGCAGGGGGCGCGGGGAGGGCCGGCGGAGCGGAAGGCCUGCAGUCGCGGAUUCUGAUCGUGUCGGUGAGCGGAUCGAGCGACUCGGCGCACCAGUAUAUUCCCAUGAUGAAUGGGAUCUUUGCGUGUCAACGGCUGCAUAUCCCGAUUGAUGUGUGCAAGCUGAGCGGGGACGCGGUGUUCCUGCAGCAGGCGUCGGAUGCGACGAAGGGGGUGUUUAUGUCGUUGGCGGAACCGCGGGGGUUGCUACAGUAUCUGAUGAUGGCGUUUUUGCCGGACCAGCGGUCGCGGAAACACCUUGUCUUGCCGACGCGGGUGGAUGUGGACUUUCGCGCGGCGUGUUUCUGUCAUCGGCGGGUCGUGGAUGUCGGCUUUGUCUGCUCGAUUUGUCUGAGCAUCUUCUGCGAACCGCCGGAGAACGGGGACUGUCUAACCUGCGGGACGCAUCUAGAAAUGGGCGACUACGGUGCGAAGCCGGCGGUCGUGGCUCGGAAGAAGAAGAAAAAGAAGGCUCGUGCCAAUGGGCCUUCGGGCACCGCUACGCCUACGCCGACGCCAACUCCGGGACCGUGA